CUCAAUUUGACAAAAAAAAAAACAAAUAAAAAUAGCUCAGUUAAUGAGUUCUUCCUACUGAAAGCAGAAAAGAAAGACAUCACCAUAAAAAUCACGCACAUCAGAUCUCUUUCCCCUAUCGGUUAGCACAAUGGCUCCUGUAGCUCCUCGAUCUGGCGAUGCAAUCUUCGCUAGUGUUGAACACGUGAAUGCGGAGUUAUUUACGUUGACUUAUGGAGCAAUUGUGCGUCAGUUGCUUACGGAUCUUGAAGAAGUUGAGGAAGUUAAUAAACAGCUUGAUCAGAUGGGUUAUAAUAUUGGAGUUCGACUGAUUGAUGAGUUUCUAGCAAAAUCCAAUGUUUCCAGAUGUGUGGACUUCAAGGAGACAGCUGAUGUAAUCGCAAAGGUUGGAUUCAAAAUGUUCCUAGGGGUAGGUGCCUCUGUUACCAACUGGAAUUCUGAUGGGACAUGUUGCAGCAUUGUUUUGGGGGACAAUCCCCUGGUAGACUUUGUUGAACUUCCAGACACAUGUCAAGGUCUAUACUAUUGCAACAUCUUAAGUGGAGUCGUUAGAGGGGCACUAGAGAUGGUGAGUUCUAUCCUCUUCUAUUACACAUAUAUCAUUGUCCUUUUACUCAAAUGCAUGUGGGUUUUUCCUAAUUUUGGUUUUUGUCCUUGUUACAAAAAAAUGGGUAUAGAAUAGUGUAAACUUGGUUUC